GGAGGUCUGAUUCAUUCACAACUGACCAGCAGCACUGAGCCACAUUGUUUCUGACAUUAUCCGGCUAUCAUUUUCAUCAUGAAGGCUUCUGACAAAAAUGUGAUUCGGUUUCACCUUCAAGUGAUUUAUGGGAUACAUGUGAAAACUUUUGAGAAGAGAAAAGACAGACUGUUUGUGAGUGAAGCUAAGAUAUUUGGUGUUCCUCUGGAGAAUUUACCCAGGAGGUACAUCCCCGAGUUUGGACUGGUGCCCUGCUUUUUGGUGGAUGCCUGCUCAUUUCUCCUGGAGCGUGUUGGAACUGUAGGCCUGUUCAGAAAACCAGGUUCUCUUCCUCGCAUUAAGAUCCUCAGAGCCAAGCUGAACCGUGGAGAGGAGUGUCUGUUCACAGCUCUCCCCUAUGACGUAGCAAGCCUUAUCAAGCAGUUCUGCAGGGAGCUGAUGGAGCCGCUGUUUCCCACUGAGUUUCACGCCGCUCUGCUCAAAGCUCAGGCUCUGCCCAAUCCUAAAGACCGGAUUUCAGCCCUGCAGCUGCUGUCCUGUCUGCUUCCUGCAAGAAACUCCUCCUGUCUUCAUUACCUAUUCGAUUUCCUCUCCAACAUCACCCAAAGCUGCAGUGAAAACUUGAUGACCAGCUCCAACCUUGCUACAGUCUUUGCUCCGUGUCUUUUACCUCCUCCAAGUAAGGCAGAGAUGUCAGAGGGAAGACUUGAACUCAGAGUUCUGGUUCUUUGCACCUUUAUUGAAAAUCCUCAUCUAUUUGGGGUCAUUCCUAAAGCUGUGAUGGACAGUAUGGACUUCCUGCUGAAUUUCCAUUUCUUUAAAGACACAAAGAGAAGACAAAAAAAGAGACACAGCUUUAAAGCAAUGCCGCCGGGGAAGGCGAUGCCUUGGACAAAAGGGAAGUCAAAGUGCGAGCUUCCAGUCCCCAAACUGCCACAAGAAUUGACACCAGGAGACCGACCAGCGCUCAGGAGAAGCCUCGGCCUGGAGACUUUCCCAAAUGUGCAGCUGUUUAGGGUCUGUCUGUCUGGAUCAGAGACGAGUUUUAGUCCUGCUAAAGCUUUAUUGGGCAGUCCCCCUAAAGAUGCAUUCAAGACCCCACAGGAUAUACCAAAAAGAGAAAUGCAUCACUUCCCAAGAAUUACCAGAGGAGCAGCUGCAGAAAGCUCUCCUGUGCUCACUGGCAUCAAGACUCUGCAGGUCAUGCACUGGAAAAAACGCCAUUCACUGUGAAGGAUUAAGUAGUGGGAAGAAGUCAUGUGUGUUGACCCACAUCACUGCAGAUUUGUGGAUAUGGUCUACAAUAGACCAUUUUUUGAUUCUAAGGUGAUGUGGAGUGGUUAUAGGCAGUGACAGGUCAGGUUUUGUCACGAUCUUAAUGAAUGUAUUUAUUCGACUAUUCCUAAACAGGACUGUUGUUGUAUGGAUCAUGUAAUAACCUAUUUUUAUAUUAUAAUAAAUUUUAAUUUCAACA